CGCCGGCCCCGCCCCGCGCUGUUCCCGCUCGCGUCCGCCCCCCGCCGCUUACCCGGCCGGGCCGGGCACCGCGGGGGACCCCCGGCUCCGAUGCGGCCUCCCCACCAGCACCGCUUGGGUCUGACAAGAUGUACCAGGUCCCACUGCCGCUGGACCGGGAUGGGACCCUGGUCCGUCUCCGCUUCACCUUGGUGGCCCUGGUCACGGUCUGCUGUCCACUUGUCGCCUUCCUCUUCUGCAUCCUCUGGUCCCUGCUCUUCCACUUCAAGGAGACAACGGCCACACACUGUGGGGCCCCAAGUUGUGUCCGUUGCCCUGCUUGGGCCAUUCCCUACAGGAUGUUCUCUGCGGCCUCCCAGUCCUUGGACCCAGAUGGGACCGUGUUCCGGCUCCGAUUUACAACCAUGGUCUGUUGGGUCAUCACUUUCCCCUUGUUCGGCUUCUUCUACUGCAUCAUCUGGUCCCUGGUGUUCCACUUUGAGUACACGGUGGCCACUGACUGUGGGGUACCCAACUACCUGCCUUCGGUGAGCUCGGCCAUUGGUGGGGAGGUGCCCCAGCGUUACGUGUGGCGUUUCUGCAUCGGCCUGCACUCGGCGCCCCGCUUCAUGGUGGCCUUCGCCUACUGGAACCACUACCUCAGUUGCGCCUCCCCGUGUUCUGGCUACCGCCUGCUCUGCCGCCUCAACUUCAGCCUCAAUGUCAUCGAGAACCUCGCGCUGCUAGUGCUCACCUAUGUCUCCUCCUCCGAGGACUUCACCGUCCACGAAAAUGCAUUCAUUGUGUUCAUCGCGGCAUCCCUCAGUCACAUGCUCCUCACCUGCAUUCUCUGGCGGCUGACCAAGAAGCACACAGUAAGUCAGGAGGAUCGAAAGUCCUACAGCUGGAAACAGCGGCUCUUCAUCAUCAACUUCGUCGCCUUCUUCUCAGCUCUGGCGGUCUACUUUCGGCACAACAUGUAUUGUGAGGCUGGAGUUUACACCAUCUUUGCCAUCCUGGAGUACACCGUUGUCCUAACCAACAUGGCGUUCCACAUGACAGCCUGGUGGGACUUUGGGAACAAAGAGCUGCUCAUAUCCUCUCAGCCUGAAGAAAAGCGAUUCUAAACCCCUCUGCUGCUGGAAGAGCCCACUGUCCAGACACAAGAAACAGCUCUGGCCUUCCCCAUCUUAUUUCCUCUCUGGGUCCCUUCAAAAGCUGAGGGAGGAGGAAGGGCAGAAGGGCAUAGGAGAAGGCUGACCCUAGCACUGCUGGUUUCUUUUCCUCAGCCCUCUCAAAGGCACAGGGACCGUCAAGAAACACCACCCUUAACUGAGAGGGCCCAAGAAGCCAAGCUGGCAGGAAACCUCCACCACUUGGUGCUAAAAAAGAAAAAAAUCCCAAAGUUUAUGAUCACCAUGCAGUUCCUGGCCCUUAUACACCGACCUUUCACUGAGGUCGGGGCCCACUGAGCAGUGUCUGUUACCUGAAAACCAUGGCUGUCUAUCUCUAGGUCACUCACUUGCCAAACGUUUUAGCAAUCUACUGUGCACAUCCAGGCGUGUGGCCGUAGUCCCGUUGAGAUUGCUCAGGUGUCCGAGUCCUGACUUUACUUCUUUCAACUGGUGUAUGCUCUAGGGUGUGCAACUUUCACUGUCUGAACCUCAGUGUAUCCAACUACAUGAUGCAGGUGGGUAUGCUGAUUUCCAAGGGCUCUGCAGUGUGGCUCUCUUCUCUUUUGAUGGAGGAGGUGUUCUAUACCUGAAGGAUGACCAUUUCAGAAAGAGCACCAUCGUGGCUUGUGUGUGUCCCUUCAUUUCUCAGAUCACCAGCCUAUAGCCCUGGGGUGGAGGGGUCAGAGACCUAGUUCCUUAAGCCUAAAGUGGGUUCCUUGGUAUCCCUCCAUUUUCCAUAGUGCCCUGAAGCCUGAGCUCUUUUGGUUGUACAUUUUACUUCAAAUAAAAAUGAAAUUUUGAUUUUUGCCAAUAA